AUGUCCGCAUCCACCGAGUUCCUGCCAAGUCGCGACCUGCGCCAACUGAGGGCGCUAGACUUGGCCUCGCCCAAAUGCCUGGAUGUUGUGACCGCCAAUCUCGACAGUCUCGCCAUCGUGCUCGGCGCCAGCGGCGGCCAGAUCCUUCACGCUCCCCCACAUCCCACGGCGAACGACACGCAAGCUCACGAUGACUUUCAGUCUUCCGUCGAGGAUCCACCGCAGGAGACGGAUGUAUUCGAGCAGCGCUACAUCACCCGCUGGCUCACCCGACUCGUCUCCGAAUUCGCCAUGACCAGCGCCGAGUCGCAAGAGAUGCAGGACAGGUGUGAACUUCUCUCGCAACGAUGCGCCGAGCUGCUUGCCCUAGCAGCAGGCAAGAUGGCUGCAGGUGCUUCGAUUCAAGACCACAUCUUCCAACUCUCCGAUGGCGAGGUCAUCGUCAAGCUCCGAGACGGUGCACUCGUACACGACUCGCUAGGCACACAUACGUGGGGAGCUGCCCCCAUCCUUUCGCAGCUCCUUCUCCCCGUCGACGCAGAUUCCAAGCGCGAUCUCAACGUCCUCGAGCUCGGAGCAGGCACCGGCCUCGUCGGACUGACAAUUGCGCAAUGGUCGCGGCAACACCGUCGCGAUGCAGGCACUCGCGUGGUGUGCACAGAUCACCAUCCCACCGUGCUCGAAAAUCUGGCGCACAAUAUCCAGCUCAACCACUGGCCAGCGAGCGUCGCUCAAGCAUCGCAAGCUCGAGUUGACGUUGUGGCCCGCUGUCUGGACUGGCAGAGCGUGUAUCAGUCUCGCAGUGGCCAAGCUAGCUCGGCGCAUCAACUGUUGACAUCGCAGACCGUGCCGAGCCAUCUCGUCGCUUCCGCACAAUCCGACUGGGCACGCCAACUUGACAUUGGCUCCUGUCAGCACAGCUUUGACUUGAUCGUCGCAGCAGACUGCAUCUACGAUCCCGUCCAUCCCCUGUGGAUCCGCUCGGUGGCCGAGUCGCUUCUGAAGCCUGCUGACCCCUCGAGCGGCGUUCAGCCAUUGCUCCACAUCAUGGUGCCGCUGCGCCCAACGCACCAGGCCGAGAUGCAGGCAGUGUAUGAGGCCUUUGCGGCGGAUCGUCCAGGCGAGCGCGGUCUGCGUCUCGCCAUCCUGGCCCAGCGCGACUACCAGGGCUACGAGAACUUUGGCGCCUGGAACUCGGUCGUCCGUGCAGCCGGGCCGGUCCAACAGAGCCAGCCAGAGGGUGGACUGGCUCGAACCUAUCGCUGGUUCGUCAUCGUGAGCCUUGAAGUCACGGGUCGGCGGGUCCGUGCUGAACGGCCACAAGGUUUCGCCGACUUUUUUAGCGUUUCGCAUUGGGGAGCUCUUGCAGGUUGGGCUGAUGUGCCCACGGCUCAGCGUGCCCUUGGAUGGCUCUCGGUUGAGCUCGUCGGUGCUGUGCUGUGCUGUGCUUUGUCCCGUAUAAUCGCUGCACUGCGCCUCGAUUGGGUGGGCAUCUUCAUCUCGCCGAGGUGGUGCGCCCAAUUCAAGGCGUCCCGAGCCGCACCGCCCCCCUUCGCUCCCACCACCACCGCUCCUCUGCACUCUGCGCCCCUGUUGGUUAUCAACCAAAGGUACGUUGCCUCUGUCUCUGCCACUGCCGUCCUGUCCCCUCCCUCGCGCUGGCGUGCAUCCCAUCUCCUCUGCCCACCUGCGCCACCUGCACCGGCAACGCAACCAUCGCAGUUGCCUUUGGGCUCGCCUCCGCCAUUGGCUGCGUCUGGCUCGGGUAGAGCCGCCCUCGUCGCCGUCCGAUUGCCCUCUCGACACCGUCCAGCCGCCGCCCACCGGCUCCUCGCGGCGUCUCCCUCCUCUGUACUAUUGCUCCGACUGUGGGCCGCGUCUCAGGUCACCAUCCCUGCCCUGCCUGCCUGCUGCACGAACCCGCCUGGUGGCUGCCGGCCAGGUCGCCAUUUUGAAAACUUCAUUUUGCAAGUUUUUGGACGCCCUCUCUGCUUGAUUGCCCCUGCCUCGCACUUUGGCCCUCGCCGCGCUCCUCGCCGCUGGACAAAGCACCUCUUUGGCGCCGCUCGCACUCUGCCUCAGUACUACAUCACAUUCUUUCGCCUUGCUCCUCCCCCCUCCCCUCUUUUACAGUCACACGCAGCAGCAUCCGCGACCCACCGAGCACUUCAUCCGCAACUCUUCUGCGAAGUGCGUCGCCCGCUCCCUCGCACCAUCCAUCCAUCCGCGUCGCCGCACGCGCUUGAUAGGCACGCCCCCACUUCAUCGCGCGUCGCAUCCAUCCACUCCUCCUCCACCUCUGCCUCUACUUCCGGGUUCCUCGUCACCGAUCCCUUCCCCGCCUUCAUCUUCCCUCGAUUGACGCAGUCAUUGACUCGUCACCACCUCGCCGUCUCCACCCCUCUUCGACUCACUGGCAGGCCUCACCGUCGCCACCAGAUUCGUUUCUUCGCUCGUGCUGUCGUCGUUCGGCUUCCCUUCAGACGCGCUUGCGAGUUGAAGUGGUCCUCGAGACGCCACGCGACGAGUCCAUCGCCUCGACGGGCCGACCCUUCCAUGGCCUCGCAGCACCUCGUCUCGCCGCAAGAAGCGGCCGCACAAGCUCAGGCGCGAAGGAUGCAAUCUUCUGACACUCACCACAAUCCUCACCAUCACCCUCACCCUCACGCAGGCUCCGACGACGCUCAAGGUAGCCAGUACUUCAACCCAGCAGCUAUGCACUCACGAAACCUCGGUAUGGACAACGGUAACGCCCCGUCUCACUACGGAGGCAUGCAGCUUCCUCCCCUCGGCGCCGGCCAAAGCAACGGCGGCCACGGAAACAUGGGCCACCACGCCUACGGCUCCCACUUUGGCGGCCAAGGUCACGCCAUGCCUUCCCAGCUCUCGUAUCCCCAGCACUCGCCCAACCCUUCCCAUGCCCACAUCUCGGGCGGCCAGAACGCCGGUCCCAUGUCGAUGUACGGCUACGGGGUCCACCACUCGUCGCCCCAGCAGCACUACUCUCAUGUGCCCGGCCAGGCCGCUCACGGAGGCAUGGGUGGCAUGGUCGGCGGCGCCGGUUCCAACCCCAUGAUGGGUGCGCCCGGCGGCGGCUCUUCGGGCAACGACUUCAACCACGGCUUCGGUCAGCAGUCGCACUACCACCAGUACUUCCAGCCCCAGAACCUCCAGAGCAUCUCGCCCAGUCAGGCGGGUGCACCCCCUGCGGCGUCCAACGCCGCCUCGGCUCCUGCCCCCAACGCUGCCGGCUCGGCUGCUGCCAAGGGCUCCGCCAAGGCCGCCAAGGGUGCAAAGGCUCCCAAGGCUCCCAAGGCCCCCAAGGCUGACAAGAAGGGCGCUGCCGCCGCCGCUCCCCCUGCCAAGGCAGCCCCCGAACCCAAGGGCAAAGCCUCGAAGAAGGGCGCGAGCGCCGACGCUCCCAAGGCCAAGUCCAAGGCCCAUCCCUAUGCGCAGCCCGAACCCGCCGCUGACACCAAGCCCGCCAAGAAGCAGAAGAAGGAGGACCCGCCGAAACCGUCGGCGCUCAAGUCGCGCCUCAAGCCGCCCAAGCAGGCGCCGUCGGCCUGGCAGAUCUUCUUCACCGAAGAGCUCCAGAAGAUCAAGGCUCAAAGUCCCGACGAACGCCUCAACGUCGCCCACGUCGCCAAAGAUGCAGGCCAGCGAUACGCCGCGCUUCCCGAGUCCAAGAAGCAGGAGUUCCACCGCCGCAGCCUUGAGGCCAAGGAGCUGUGGGAGCAGGAGAUGGCAGACUGGAAGGCCAAGCUCACGCCCGAGGACAUCCGCCAGGAGAAUCUCUACCGAUCCGCCCAGCGCAAGGCCGGCAAGUCGAGGAAAGGCAACCUCAAGGACCCCAACGCUCCCAAGAAGCCCCUGUCCGCCUACUUCCUCUUCCUCCGCGCCAUCCGUGCCGAUCCCAACAUGACGCAGGCGGUCUUCGAGGGCGAGCAGGAGACGACCAAGCAGAGCGUGCUCGCCGCCGCCAAGUGGCGCAGCCUCAGCGAGACCGAGAAGCAGCCCUACUUGGAUCGCGCCGAGGCCGACAAGGCACGCUACGAGCGACUCCGCCGCGAGUACGAGAGCAGCAACGGCCUCGAGUCGUAA